CGUGAACAAAACCAGAGUCGGCUAGUGAUGGCGGAACGAGGAGGAGGAGGAGGUGGUAGCGGCGGCCUCGGCCCUGGCGGCGGCGGCGGCGGCGAAGGAGAUGCUGGUGCAGCGGAACGGUACAACAAUGAAAUCAGAAUGGCUCAACAACAAGCACUGAGAUUUCGUGGUCCGGCUCCUCCCCCAAACACUGUUAUGAGAGGCCCACCUCCUCUUAUGCGUCCUCCACCACCUUUUGGUAUGAUGAGAGGCCCACCUCCACCACCUCGACCUCCUUUUGGACGUCCUCCAUUUGAUCCAAAUAUGCCUCCGAUGCCACCACCUGGAGGAAUUCCUCCUCCUAUGGGACCUCCACAUUUACAGGUAAAAGGUUUAUGGGUUUUAUUGCUCAAUUCUUUGUAAUUAUUCUGUCUGCUGAAAAAUCAUUGUAAUAUGUUUUGAACUGCAGACUUUGUUCUUACUGAGUUCCAAUU